AUGAUACGUGCUUGGCGGCGCAUGGAUGGGGCAUGGCGUAAUGUAGAGGAGAAGGAAGGCAUGGAGAGGGGGGCUUGGGCAUAUGCGAUGAAAAAGGCAAGGAUGUACGGAAGGAAGGCUGCAGAGUGCGAGGUGACUUUCAGCAAAGCGAGGAAGGAUGUGGACGGGGAAAAGCCCGACUACAGUCAGCUCAAGGGGGUUACUACUGCUGUGGGUAGCAAGAGCAAGCACGGUGAAGCAGCAGCAUGA